UUAAUAUUAUUUAAAACAAAUUAAUACUAAUAUUAUUAUCUACAGACAUUUUUCCAUAAAAUUAGGUACCAAUUCUCGGGUUGUAUAUUUUUAAAACAACAUUAGGUAUGCCAUAGGUAUACGGAAUACGGAUGUCAAAUGUCAAUAUUAUAUCCGAAAUUGAGGUUAGGAAAAUAUAAAUUAAUCGAUGUUUUAUUUUAAAAACCAUACAUCCGUACCAAAAACGACCGACAGCUGUAUAACUUAUAAUUUAUAGUAAUUUCAUUGGAGAAUCGUACAUUUCAUUUUUCAUUUGUCAUUUGUCAUAUUUUAGCUGCUCGCGUUCAUUAAUUUUCCGUCCAUAUUUUUCAUUCUUCAUUUUUUUGACUACCAUUUUAGAAUUUCAUACGUAGAUAUUUUUAUUUUGUUGUCUUACAAUUUGUCAAUAAUAUGCCUUCCAAUUGUAAUGAAUCAAUACGGUCAUGCGCUGCGUAUAGACCACCCCAUUUGCGAAAUGGAUUUGUAGGAACCAAAGUAGAAACCAAAGUAGAAACCAAAGUAGAAACUGUAGAUUCAGUGAACAAUAAUACUUCCAAUUGUGUGAACAAUAAUGAUUCAAAGGUAAACAAUAAUAUUGUUCCGAAUUUGCGAAGUAAAGAAUUGUUAACCAAGUUAUAUGUACCACCUGCUAAACGCAAUUUGAACAAUGUAGACAAUGUUGGUCUAUCCAAGUAUUUUGAUCAUAAGUUCAAGGGCUCUCGCACAGAUUAUUCAAAAAAGCUUGUAGAAUCAACUACUGUGUAUGUUGGUAAUUUAAAUUUGCUUUCAACUCAAGCGGAGAUCCAUAAGCUAUUUUCAGAGGCAGGAAAAAUAAAAACCAUCAUCAUGGGAUUGGAUAGACAAACAUUAGGUCCUGGUGGAUUUUGCUUUGUUGAAUAUGAAACUAGAGCUGAUACCGAAAAUUGCAUGAAAACUAUGAAUAAAGCAUUAUUAGAUGGAAAAUUUCUAGUAGUAGAUUGGGAUGCUGGCUUCAUUGAAGGACGUCAAUAUAGACGCGUUAAGAGAAAUCAACAAAGGUCCUAUGUGCAUCCAACUACUCAAAAAUAAAUAUUAUAGAUUUUCAUUUCUAGAACAAAAAAAUGGGACUAUAAUUUAUUAUAAAGAGAGCAUUUUUUUUUUUUUGCUACGUGCAAUUUUUAAUCUCAAUAAUCUAUUUUUGUUUUAUAAAUAUUUAUAUUCUAUUUUUGAAUUUUUUUGAAUUUACCAUCUAAUGAGAAAGUAUCAUUUAACAACUAUUUUUGUGUCACCCUAAUGAGGCCUUUUAAAAUAUGACACAAAACUUUAUAUAUUAAUAUACAUUAUAAUGAAAUUGUUAACUUUUGUCUUAGAUAUAGUUAUGUGUUAAUUUAUCAUUUCACUUUUUUAUUUUUAUAUUUUUUACAACAACCAAGAUGGUGAAAAACAGAAUUGUUAUGUUAUUGUACUAUAGUAAU